AUGGCCCCUUCGUUUGUUCGCCGGUACGGUCAAAGAGUGUUUUUUGUUACUACAUGGCACCUGGUGACGGUGGCAGUUACUCUGGGUGCAGUUGUUUCCGCACGCAACGAUAACGUCACCGACAGCGGCAUGCUGUACGAUGACCAUUUGAAGUGGAACGAUUAUCGCUAUUUGGAAGGUCUGCCGCUGGACCAAUUACUUCUACUGCAGCGCAAAGUCGGUGAGCUGGGAAGCGGUUUCUUUUCCAACGCCACCACCAGUGAGCCGCUGGCAGAAGCACGCGAAAUGCCCGAGGGUGAUCUCACGGACAAAAACGAACGCCGCCAUAUGUACGCAUCGCCGCUAAAGAUGCAAAACCCGGUGGACAGGAGGUCCUCCGCUGAGCCGUGGAACACCAAACCGUCCAAGGUUCAAAAAAUAUUUCAAAUUAGCAUCACAGGUUUAGCUUUUUUGGCAUUUGCUGGUUACCUGCUGUGCAUGAUCGUACAGGCCAUCAAGAGCAAAGGUACAACUUACUACCAUCCCACGAUCACCGGUACGGCCACCUUAACGUCGGCGAUCAAAAAGCGUAAACCAUUCAUGCGCCGCAAGCGAGACCUGACCUACAUAACGCCCUUGGAUGGGUACGAUGCGGUACAGUUGCAUCAGAUGCUUGUUACCUUUGCUGAACGGUAUGCAAACGCCCCCGGAAGCUGA